AUGAGAAAUCACACAGAAAUAACAACAUUUAUCUUGUUGGGACUUACAGAUGACCCACAGCUGCAAGUUCUGGUUUUUAUUUUUUUAUUUCUGACAUACAUUCUGAGCAUUACUGGAAACCUGACCAUUAUCAUUCUAACCCUGAUGGAUUCCUAUCUUAAAUCACCUAUGUAUUUUUUUCUACGAAACUUCUCCUUCUUAGAAAUCUCAUUCACAACUGUCUGUAUUCCCAGAUUCCUGUACAGCUUAUCAACAAGGAACAAUACUAUAACUUACAAUGCUUGUGCCAGUCAAAUUUUUUUUAUUGGGCUCUUUGGAGCCACUGAGUUUUUUCUCCUGGCUGCCAUGUCCUAUGACCGCUAUGUGGCCAUCUGUAAGCCCCUGCAUUACAUGACCAUCAUGAACCACAGAGUGUGUGCCACCCUUGUCCUCUGCUGCUGGAUCUCUGGAUUGAUGAUCAUCAUCACACCACUGAGUAUGGGCCUCCAACUAGAAUUCUGUGACUCCAAUGUCAUUGAUCAUUUUGGCUGUGAUGCAUCUCCUCUUUUUAAGAUUUCAUGCUCAGAUACAUGGUUUAUAGAACAAACGGUUAUAGUAUGUGCAGUAUUGACAUUCAUUAUUACACUAAUAGGAGUGAUUCUUUCCUAUGUAUACAUUAUCAAAACAAUUCUCAGAUUCCCCUCUGUUCAGCAAAGGAAAAAAGCCUUCUCCACAUGUUCUUCUCACAUGGUUGUUGUUUCUAUCACCUAUGGUAGCUGCAUUUUCAUCUACAUCAAGCCUUCUGCCAAAGAAGAGGUGGCCAUCAAUAAAGGGGUAUCUGUGCUCACUACAUCUGUUGCUCCUUUAUUAAAUCCCUUUAUUUAUACCUUGAGAAACAAGCAAGUGAAACAAGCUUUCAAUGAUACAAUCAAAAAAAUUGCAUUCAUCUUACAGAAGUAA